CCUUUCCCUUUCCAUUAAUCUGUGUUUUGGGGUUCCAUUUGUGCAUCUGGUUUGUGAGUUUGAAGCUUCAAAGGUGUGCAAAACAACAAAAGUUCCCUGAUAUUCUUGACUGAUUCGAGCAAUUCUUGUCUCACUUACCACUUCCCUCUCUUCACUGACAAAUUUCCAGAUUCCAUAUGCUUCAUUUCCUCUGUAGAAUUAGCACAUUGAGGCGCUGAAUCUCCGCUUUUUUUUGGACUCCAUUUCCUUCUUCCUUCAACCCUCUCCAACACACAUCCUAUUAUUUUAUUUACCUCUUUCUUUAACUUUCUUAUCUACUCCUUCCUUCCUUCCUCACCCACAUUCCCAUUUCUCCUUUCUCUCAACCGUGGUGGUCGAGAGCUAACACUAUGUGCUCCGAAACAACCUCGCCAAGGAUAUCGUUUUCCCACUAUCUCCUCGGCGAGGGCGGCCUGCCGAUCGAGCACAGGCUGCCGGACAUAACACUGUUGGAUGCAAAUCUAGACUUCAAGUUCAGCAUCAGCAUAGAACAUGAAUCUUCCACUGCAGAUGAGCUGUUCAGCAAUGGAAUCAUCCUUCCCAUCAAAGCUGAAUCCCAUAAACAAUCCCAUCCUUUUGAGGUUCCUUUCACAGCCUCACUCCCUCCUCUCCCUCCCAAACAGAAUUCAAACCACACACUCAAGAAAAUCAGAGUGGUAAAUGAUUCAUCUUCUUCACAUCAGUUAGAACAGAGAGAUGCAGAGUCCAAAUCCUUUUGGGGAUCCAAAAGAAGUAGCAGUAUCAACUUUGAAGGUAAAAGAACAUCUCUUUGCCCUCUCCCGCUUCUUCUAUCACGAAGCAUUUCAACUGGGUCAGACUCAAAUCCAAAAUCCAAAAAGCAUAAAGAUUCACAGAAGCAAAUUUCUCAGAAGCAGUACUCAACAUCGAUGAGAAAGUCGUCAUCGCCGCCGCCGCCGCCGCCGCCGCCGUCGUUAAAUCAAUAUCCAACAAAUGUAAGGCCUCAGAUGUGCAAGAAUCCCGGAGGGGUUUAUGGCAAUUACCAUUACAUUGGGUCUGUGUUGAAUGUGCCGCCAAAGUUCUUCGGUUUUGGUUCACUUCUGCUAUGUGGGAUAGACAGAAAGAGUAAGAAGUGAUUUGUUCUUCAUUUUCUAUUUCAUUUUUUUUUACUUCUUCUUCUUCUGAGUUCAAUCUAUGGGUGGCUUUUCCA